CAGCUUUGGCUCUCUCAUUCGUUCGUUCCCCCUAUCAUUUCUACUCUUCUCAUUCUCUCUUUUUUCUUAAAACCUCUUCGAUUUUCUUUCAAUCGAUUGUUGUAAUAUUUUUUAGGGUUCCCUUCGUAUCCAAACACAAUCUUCGACUAUCAGUUUUCUUCUGUACAUUUUUUUUUAUCUGUAAAAUUCUUUUUCCAGAUUCUCAUUUGAAGAUCUUUUGAUUAUCUUCUAAUUUUUUAUUUUCAGUAAAUUUUGUUUGAUUAUUUUGAUAUGGUGAGAAAAUGUCGGUUGAUGUCAGGAAAAAAAAAAUCAAAUUUGGGUUUAGGAAUUUGUGCUUCAAUGUAAUGUAGAUGAAUGCUUUUGAUUAAAGUAGAUGGUAGAUCGAGGAUUGGUUAGGUUAGGGCGGUGAAGAGGAGAGCUUAUGGUUUAUUGAUUGUUUUGAUGUUUGUGUGAGGAUAUCAUUGAUUAUUAAAGAUUGAGGAUUUUAAGGAUUAAUUGAAAAGUUACAAAAUUUGGAUUCCAUAAAGAGUCGGUUGUAAGCUUGUAACGAAGAAGGUUGAGAUUGUUGUAUAAUUGCUAAAUUGGUAAGCAAUGGAGAAUGCAAUCGGUGGAAAGUUUAAGCUUGGGCGAAAGAUCGGAAGUGGGUCUUUCGGUGAAUUAUAUUUAGGUACUAAUAUACAGAGUGGUGAAGAGGUGGCAAUCAAGCUGGAAUCUGCAAAGACCAGGCACCCUCAGCUUCAUUAUGAGUCAAAAUUGUAUAUGCUUCUUCAAGGAGGAACUGGAAUACCCCACUUGAAGUGGUUUGGCGUUCAGGGCGAGUACAAUGUAAUGGUUAUUGAUCUUCUUGGACCAAGCUUGGAGGAUUUGUUUAACUACUGCAAUAGAAAGUUCACAUUGAAGACGGUGUUGAUGCUUGCAGAUCAGUUGAUCAACAGAGUGGAGUAUAUGCAUACCAGAGGUUUUCUUCACCGUGAUAUUAAGCCUGACAAUUUUUUGAUGGGGUUAGGUCGCCGCGCAAAUCAGGUGUACAUUAUUGACUAUGGCCUUGCCAAAAAAUACAGAGAUCUUCAAACUCAUAAGCACAUACCAUAUAGGGAAAACAAAAAUCUAACUGGUACAGCUCGUUAUGCUAGUGUCAACACACACCUUGGAGUUGAACAAAGCAGGAGGGAUGACUUGGAGUCCCUCGGUUACGUGCUUAUGUAUUUUCUUAGAGGAAGCCUGCCCUGGCAAGGGUUGAAAGCUGGGACGAAAAAGCAGAAGUAUGAUAAAAUUAGUGAAAAGAAGAUGUUAACCCCCAUAGAGGUGCUUUGCAAAUCGUACCCAUCAGAGUUCAUAUCAUACUUCCACUACUGUCGGUCUUUGCGGUUUGACGACAAGCCAGAUUAUUCGUAUCUGAAAAGGCUAUUCCGCGACCUAUUCAUUCGAGAAAGUUAUCAGUUUGACUAUGUGUUUGACUGGACUAUACUGAAGUAUCCUCAAAUUGGCUCUAAAUCUGGAUCACGACAUUCCAGCGGAAAAGUAGGAUCGAACACAGGACCAUCUGCAGAAAGAACUGAGAAAACCACAGUGGGACAAGACAUUCGGGAGAGAUUAUCAAGUGCAGUUGAUGUAUUCGUUAGAAGAAACACAAUAGGUUCUGGUUCGCAUGGCGAUCAUUCCAAGCACAAAAAUUCAGAGGGUGUACCAUCAUCCAAGGAAGUGGCACCUGGUAUAGAAAGGGGACGCCGCUCUUCCUCUCGCAAUGACAGCACCUCUAAAAGGACUAUUGUUUCAAGCACUGGGCCAACGUCUGGUGAACCAAGCGAUAGUCGCUCAAGCCGGCUACUGUCAAGCAGCAGUCGUAGUGCUACACAGAGAGUUCAGCCUGGACUCGAUUCAACAAAGUCAACAUCUGUCUCUCGUAUCACAAGUGGAAGAACUGUCCGUGAUGAUGCUCUUCGCAACUUUGAGCUCCUAUCCAUGGGCACAGAAAAAAGGAAGUAGGUUUGAUAAAAGAUCUAAUCUUUUACUGGUAAAGAAAAUGCAUGCCUCUUUUUAAAAAGAGAAAAUACUCCCACUUAAUCUUGGUUCCCUGAAAUUCUGAGUCAUCUUCCACAACUUUCUUCUGCAAGAAAUAAUAAAAGGGGACAACAACAAAAAAAUCGGUGCUCUGGACUCAUCUUAGGGGGUGGGGAGAGAGAGAGAGAGAGAGAGAGUUCUUACUUUGGGGAAUUGUUAAUAGAGAUAAAUUUAUUACUACUAUUUUAUACAUAAUCAGACUCACUAGUUGUAAUAUGCAUCUUUUCUUCGCAUUUCACCAUACCUUUCCUCAUCUAAGAGGCACACUUAUAACUGUCAUCUUUACUCCGUAUCAACUAUUAUAUCUGUUGUAACAUUUUCUAUCAAAUGAAGAUUGGAUUUUCGAGAA